UUGUGUUUCUUCUCCACAUGAAGGUAAAAGUGUGUGUGAGCUGAUGUGGAUGUAAAUUCAGGAUCAUGAACCAGCAUGAGGAUAAAGAGGAGGGAGCCCCUCCCUCUAAGAUCAGGCUGUGUGGGGAUCAUGAGAGCCAGAACAAAGCUCAGAGGCCUUAUCAGAAACAAAAAACAGCUGAACCUAAACCUGGACCUGGCCCUGAACCCAGCUGUGUGUCCUACAAGAGCAAUGACUCAAAGGACAUUAUUUUUACUUUUAAAGACAAAUGUCUAUCAGAAUCAAAGUCUUAUCAGAAACAAGAAUCAGCUGAACCUAAACUUGGACCUGGCCCUGAACCCAGCUGUGUGUCCUGCAAGAGCACUGACUCAAAGGACAUUAUUUUUACUUUUAAAGACAAAUGUCUAUCGGAAUCAAAAGUGGACCAGCAGAGCUCAGAGGUUCCCAGUGCUCAGUCUGUCCAGCAGCACCAAACACAGCUGAACUCCAUAUUUAUGCUGCUGGAGGAAAACAUUGUCACAUUUGUGAAGAAGGAGCUGAAGAAGAUGCAAAAGGUUCUGAGUCCAAAUUAUCCAAAAUGCUUAGAGAGUCAGAGGGAGGAUGAGCAGUUGGAUGAUGAAAAUGAAGAGCAGAGGAUCAGCAGCAGAGACGCAUUUCUGAAGAUCACAGUGAACUUCCUGAGGAGGAUGAAACAGAAGGAGCUGGCUGACUGUCUGCAGAUCAGAUCUUUUGCUCCAGCUUCUCAGCGUCAUCUUAAAUCUCAGCUGAAGCAGAAGUUCCAGUGUGUCUUUGAAGGCAUCGCUAAAGCAGGAAACCCAGUCCCUCUGAACCAGAUCUACACAGAGCUCUACAUCACAGAGGGAGAGACUGGAGAAGUUAACAAUGAACAUGAGGUCAGACAGAUUGAAACAGCCUCUAGGAACCGAGACAGACCAGAAACAAUAAUCAGACAAGAAGACAUCUUUAAAGGCUCAGCUGGAAGAGAUGGAGCCAUCAGAACAGUGAUGACAAAGGGAGUGGCUGGAAUUGGGAAAACAGUCCUAACACAGAAGUUCACUCUGGACUGGGCUGAAGACAAAGCCAACCAGGACAUACACUUCACAUUUCCAUUCACCUUCAGAGAGCUGAAUGUGCUGAAAGAGGAAAAGUUCAGCUUGGUGGGACUUGUUCAUCACUUCUUCAUUGAAACCAAAGCAGCAGGAAUCUGCAGCUUUGACCAGUUCCAGGUUGUUUUCAUCUUGGACGGUCUGGAUGAGUGUCGACUUCCUCUGGACUUCAACAAAACUAAAACCCUGAGUGAUGUCACAGAGUCCACCUCAGUGGAUGUGCUGCUGACAAACCUGAUCAGGGGGAACCUGCUUCCCUCUGCUCGCCUCUGGAUCACCACACGACCUGCAGCAGCCAAUCAGAUCCCUCCUGGCUGUGUUGACCUGGUGACAGAGGUCAGAGGGUUCACUGACCCACAGAAGGACGAGUACUUCAGGAAGAGGUUCACAGAUGAGCAGCAGGCCACAACAAUCAUCUCCCACAUCAAGACGUCACGAAGCCUCCACAUCGUGUGCCACAUCCCAGUCUUCUGCUGGAUCACUGCUACGGUUCUGGAGGAUGUGAUGAAAACCAGAAAGAGACCAAAGCUGCCAAAGACCCUGACUGAGAUGUACAUCCACUUCCUGGUGGUUCAGACCAAAGUGAAAAACAUCAAGUAUGAUGGAGGAGCUGAGACAGAUCCACACUGGAGUCCAGAGAGCAGGAAAAUGAUUGAGUCUCUGGGAAAACUGGCUUUUGAGCAGCUGCAGAAAGGAAACCUGAUCUUCUAUGAGUCAGACCUGAAAGAGUGUGGCAUCGAUAUCACAGCAGCCUCAGUUCACUCAGGAGUGUUCACACAGAUCUUUAAGGAGGAGAGAGGACUGUACCAGCACAAGGUGUUCUGCUUUGUUCAUCUGAGUGUUCAGGAGUUUCUGGCCGCUCUUCAUGUCCACCUGACCUUCAUCAACUCUGGAGUCAAUCUGCUGUCAGAAGAACAAUCAACAUAUCAGAAGUCUGAAACAAAAACCAACAAAUAUGCCGAAAUACAGUUCUACCAUGACGCUGUAAACAUGGCCUUACGAAGUCCAAAUGGACAUCUGGACCUGUUCCUGUGCUUCUUCCUGGGCCUUUCAUUGGACACCAACCAGACUCCCAUUAAAGGCCUUAUUAAACAGUUAAGAAGUGAAAAAAAGAUCAUACAGGAAACAAUUCAGUACAUCAAGAAAAAGAUCUCAGAGUCUCCCACUGCAGAGAAAAGCAUCAACUUGUUUCACUGUCUGAAUGAACUGAAUGAUUGUUCUCUAGUGGAGGAGAUCCAACAGUAUCUGAGAUCAGGAAGUCUCUCCACAUAUAAACUGUCUGCUGCCCAGUGGUCAGCUCUGCUCUUCAUGUUGGUGUCAUCAGGAAAUGAAUUAGAUGUGUUUGACCCAGUUAGAUACUCUUUUUCGGAGAAUGGUCUUCUGUUCCUGUUGGGUGUGGUCAAGGUCUCCAAGAAAGUUGUACUGAGUAGCUGUAAUCUUUCAGAGAGAAGCUGUGAAGCUCUGUCCUCAGUUCUCAGCUCUCAGUCCUCUAGUCUGAGAGAACUGGACCUGAGUAACAACGACCUGCAGGAUUCAGGAGUGGAGCUACUGUGUGAUGGACUGAAGAGUCCUCAUUGUAAACUGGAGACUCUCAGACUGAGUGCGUGCAACCUGUCAGAGAGAAGCUGUGAAGCUCUGUCCUCAGUUCUCAGCUCUCAGUCCUCUAGUCUGAUUGAACUGGACCUGAGUAACAACAACCUGCAGGAUUCAGGAGUGGCGCUACUGUGUGAUGGACUGAAGAGUGCUCACUGUCAACUAGAGACUCUCAGGCUGUCAGGUUGUCUGGUCUCAGAGGAAGGCUGUUCUUCUCUGGCCUCAGCUCUGAGCUCCAACCCCUCCCAUCUGAGAGAACUGGACCUGAGCUACAACCAUCCAGGAGACUCAGGAGAGAAGCUGCUGUCUGGAGUGGAGGAUCCACACUGGAGACUGGACACUCUCAGGGUGGAGCCUUGUGGAGUCCGAUGGUUGAGACCAGGUCUGAGGAAGUAUUUCUUUCAACUCACAAUCGACACAAACACAGUGAACAGAAAACUACAACUGUCUGACAACAACAGGAAGGUGACACAUGUGAAGGAGGAUCAGUCAUAUCCUGAUCAUCCAGACAGGUUUGACAUGAAAACUCAGCUGCUGUGUAGUGAUGGUCUGACUGGUCGCUGUUACUGGGAGGUUGAGUGGAGAGGAUGGGUUGAUGUAUCAGUGAGUUACAGAGGAAUCAAAAGGAAAGGGUACAGUAGACAUUGUGUGUUGGGUUGCAAUGAUCAGUCCUGGAAACUGAUCUGCUCUGAUGUUGGUUACUAUGUCUCUCACAAUAACAUAGAAUCAUUUAUCUCCUCCUCUGAAUCUCACAGAGUAGCUGUGUAUGUGGACUGUCCUGCUGGUUCUCUGUCCUUCUACAGUCUCUCCUCUGACAAACUGAUCCUCCUUCACACCUUCAACACCACAUUCACUGAACGUCUUUAUGUUGGGUUUGGGUUCUGGUCUCCUGGUUCCUCAGUGUCUCUGUGUGACAUGUAGUAGUGAGAGUCUAGUUCUGUUGGAGAAAGGUUGUGUGCAUGCUGUAUAUGUGUCCUUUCAUUUACUGUACUAUAUAUAUAUAUAUAUAUAU